AUGCCAUCCCCUUCUCCCAGAUUCCAUCCCCUUCUCCCAGAUUCCAUCCCCUUCUCCCAGAAUCCAUCCCCUUCUCCCAUAUUCCAUCCCCUUCUUCCAGAUUCCAUCCCAUUCUCCCAGAUUCCAUCCCCUUCUCCUCGAUUCCAUCCCCUUCUCCCAGAUUCUAUCCCCUUCUCCCAGAUUCCAUCCCCUUCUCCCAGAUUCCAUCCCCUUCUCCCAGAUUCCAUCCCCUUCUCCCAGAUGCCAUCCCCUUCUCCCAGAUUCCAUCCCCUUCUCCCAGAUUCUAUACCCUUCUCCCAGAUUCCAUCCCCUUCUCCCAGAAUCCAUCCCCUUCUCCCAUAUUCCAUCCCCUUCUUCCAGAUUCCAUCCCAUUCUCCCAGAUUCCAUCCCCUUCUCCCUGAUUCCAUCCCCUUCUCCCAGAUUCUAUCCCCUUCUCCCAGAUUCCAUCCCCUUCUCCCAGUUUCCAUCCCCUUCUCCCAGAUUCCAUCCCCUUCUCCAAGAUGCCAUCCCCUUCUCCCUGAUUCCAUCCCCUUCUCCCAGAUUCCAUCCCCUUCUCCCAUAUUCCAUCCCCUUCUCCCAUAUUCCAUCCCUUUCUCCCAGAUUCCAUCCCCUUCUCCCAGAUUCCAUCCCCUUCUCCCAGAUUCCAUCCCCUUCUCCCAGAUUCUAUCCCCUUCUCCCAAAUUCCAUCCCCUUCUCCCAGAUUCCACCCCCUUCUCCCAGAUUCCAUCCCCUUCUCCCAUAUUCCAUCCCCUUCUCCCAGAUUCCACCCCCUUCUCCCAGAUUCCAUCCCCUUCUCCAGAUUCCAUCCCCUUCUCCCUGAUUCCAUCCCCUUCUCCUAGAUUCCAUCCCCUUCUCCCAGAUUCCAUCCCCUUCUCCCAGAUUCCAUCCCCUUCUCCCAGAUUCCAUCCCCUUCUCCAUUCCAUCCCCUUCUCCCUGAUUCCAUCCCCUUCUCCUAGAUUCCAUCCCCUUCUCCCAGAUUCCAUCCCCUUCUCCCAGAUUCCAUCCCCUUCUCCCAGAUUCCAUCCCCUUCUCCUAGAUUCCAUCCCCUUCUCCCAGAUUCCAUCCCCUUCUCCCAAAAUUCCAUCCCCUUCUCCCAGAUUCCAUCACCCCGCCCCAUUCUUCCGCUUUCCCUCACCCCACCCCAUUCUCCUGCUUUCCAUCACCCCGCCCCAUUCUCCCUCCUUCCAUCACCCCGCCCCAUUCUGCCCCAUUCUCCCUCCUUCCAUCACCCCGCCCCAUUCUGCCCCAUUCUCCCUCCUUCCAUCACCCCACCCCAUUCUCCCGCUUUCCAUCACCCCGCCCCAUUCUCCCGCUUUCCAUCACCCCGCCCCAUUCUCCCGCUUUCCAUCACUCCGCCCCAUUCUCCCGCUUUCCAUCAACCCGCCCCAUUCUCCUGCUUUCCAUCACCCCGCCCCAUUCUCCCGCUUUCCAUCACCCCUCCCCAUUCUCUUGCUUUCCAUCACCUCGCCCCAUUCUCCCGCUUUCCAUCACCCCGCCCCAUUCUCCCGCUUUCCACCACCCCACCCCAUUCUCCCGCUUUCCAUCACCCUACCCUAUUCUCCCGCGUUCAAUCACCCUGUCCCAUUCUCCCUCCUUCCAUCACCCCACCCCAUUCUCCCUCCUUCCAUCACCCCGCCCCAUUCUCCCUCCUUCCAUCACCCCGCCCCAUUCUCUCGCUUUCCAUUACCCCGCCCCAUUCUCCUUCCUUCCAUCACCCCGCCCCAUUCUCCUGCUUUCCAUCAAUGCGCCCAAUUCUCCGGCUUUCCAUCACCCCGCCCCAUUCUCCCGCUUUCCAUCACCCCGCCCCAUUCUCCCUCUUUCCAUAACCCCGCCCCAUUCUCCCUCCUUCCAUCACCCCGCCCCAUUCUCCCGCUUUCCAUCACCCCUCCCCAUUCUCCCUCUUUCCAUCACCCCGCCCCAUUCUCCCUCCUUCCAUCACCCCGCCCCAUUCUCCCUCCUUCCAUCACCCCGCCCCAUUCUCCCGCUUUCCAUCACCCCGCCCCAUUCUCCCUCCUUCCAUCAACCCGCCCCAUUCUCCCGCUUUCCAUCAUCCCGCCCCAUUCUCCCGCUUUCCAUCACCCGCCCCAUUCUCCCUCUUUCCAUCACCCCGCCCCAUUCUCCCUCCUUCCAUCAUCCCGCCCCAUUCUCCCUCCUUCCAUCACCCCGCCCCAUUCUCCCGCUUUCCAUCACCCCGCCCCAUUCUCCCGUUUUCCAUCACCGCGCCCCAUUCUCCCGCUUUCCAUCACCCCGCCCCAUUCUCCCUCCUUCCAUCACCCCGCCCCAUUCUUCCGCUUUCCAUCACCCUGCCCCAUUCUCCCGCUUUUCAUCACCCCGCCCCAUUCUCCCGCUUUCCAUCACCCCGCCCCAUUCUCCCUCCUUCCAUCACCCUGCCCCAUCUCCCUCCUUCCAUCAUCCGGCCCCAUUCUCCCGCUUUCCAUCACCCCGCCCCAUUCUCCCUCCUUCCAUCACCCUGCCCCAUCCUCCCUCCUUCCAUCACCCCGCCCCUUUCUCCCGCUUUCCAUCACCGAGCCCCGUUCUCCCGCUUUCUAUCACCCCGCCCCAUUCUCCCCCUUUCCAUCACCCCGUCCCAUUUUCCCGCUUUCCCUCACCCCGCCCCAGUCUCCCGCUUUCCAUAGCCCCGCCCCAUUCUACCGCUUUCCAUUAUCCCGCCCCCUUCUCCUGCUUUCCAUCACCACACCCCAUUCUCCCGCUUUCCAACACCCCGCCCUAUUCCCCCGCUUUCCAUCACCCCGCCCUAUUCUCCCGCUUUCCAUCACCCCACCCUAUUCUCCCGCUUUCCAUCACCCCUCCCAAUUCUCCCGCUUUCCAUCACCCCGCCCCAUUCUCCCGCUUUCCAUCACCCCGCCCAAUUCUCCCACUUUCCAUCACCCCGCCCCAUUCUCCCUCCUUCUAUCACCCCGCCCCAUUGUCUCGCUUUCCAUCACCCCGCCCCAUUCUCCCGCUUUCCAUCACCCCGCCCCAUUCUCCCACUUUCCACCACCCCACCCCAUUCUCCCGCUUCCCAUCACCCCACCCUAUUCUCCCGCGUUCAAUCACCCCGCCCCAUUCUCCCUCCUUCCAUCACCCCGCCUCAUUCUCCCUCCUUCCAUCACCCCGCCCCAUUCUCCCUCCCUCCAUCACCCCGCCCCAUUCUCCCGCUUUCCAUCACCCUACCCCAUUCUCCCGCUUUCCAUCACCCUGCCCUAUUCUCCCGCUUUCCAUCACCCCGCCCCAUUCUCCCUCCUUUCAUCACCCCGCCCCAUUCUCCCUCCUUCCAUAACCCCGCCCCAUUCUCCUGCUUUCCAUCACCCUGCCCCAUUCUCCUACUUUCCAUCACCCCGCCACAUUCUCCUGCUUUCCAUCACCCCGCCCCAUUCUCCCUCCUUCCAUAACCCUGCCCCAUUCUCCCACUUUCCACCACCCCACCCCAUUCUCCCGCUUUCCAUCACCCCACCCUUUUCUCCCGCGUUCAAUCACCCCGCCCCAUUCUCCCUCCUUCCAUCACCCUGCCUCAUUCUCCCUCCUUCCAUCACCCCGCCCCAUCCUCCCUCCUUCCAUCACCCCGCCCCAUUCUCCCUCCUUCCAUCACCCCGCCCCAUUCUCCCGCUUUCCAUCACCCCGCCCCAUUCUCCCACUUUCCAUCACCUCGCCCCUUUCUCCCGCUUUCCAUCGCCUCGCCCCAUUCUCCCUCCUUCCAUCACCACGCCCCAUUCUCCUGCUUUCCAUCACCCCGCCCCAUUCUCCCGUUUCCAUCACCUCGCCCCAUUCUCCCGCUUUCAAUCACCCCGCCCCAUUCUCCCUCUUUCUAUCACCCCGCCCCAUUCUCCCUCCUUCCAUCACCCCGCCCCAUUUUCCCUCCUUCCAUCACCCCGCCCCAUUCUACCGCUUUCCAUCACCCCGCCCAAUUCUCCCGUUUUCCCUCACCCCGCCCCAUUCUCCCGCUUUCCAUCACCCCGCCCCAUUCUCCCUCCUACCGUCACCCGGCCCCAUUCUCCCGCUUUCCAUCACCCCGCCCCAUUCUCCCGCUUUCCAUCACCCCGACCCGUUCUCCCUCCUUCUACCACCCCGCCCCAUUCUUCCGCUUCCCAUCACCCCGCCCCAUUCUCCCGAUUUACAUCACCCUGGCCCAUUCUCCCUCCUUCCAUCACCCCGCCCCAUUCUCCCUCCUUCCAUCACCCCGCCCCAUUCUCCCGCUUUCCAUCAUCCCGCCCCAUUCUCCCUCCUUCCAUCACCCUGCCCCAUCCUCCCUCCUUCCAUCACCCCGCCCCAUUCUCCCGCUUUCCAUCACCCCGCCCCGUUCUCCCCCUUUCCAUCAUCCCGCCCCAUUCUCCCGCUUUCCAUCACCCCGCCCCAUUCUCCCGCUUUCCCUCACCCCGCCCCAGUCUCCCGCUUUCCAUAGCCCCGCCCCAUUCUCUCGUUUUCCAUCACCCCGCCCCCUUCUCCUGCUUUCCAUCACCGCACCCCAUUCUCCCGAUUUCCAUCACCCCGCCCCAUUCUCCCUCCUUCCAUCACCCCGCCCCAUCCUCCCUCCUUCCAUCACCCCGCCCCAUUCUCCCUCCUUCCAUCACCCCUCCCCAUUCUCCAGCUUUCCAUCACCCCGCCCCAUUCUCCCUCCUUCCACCACCCCGCCCCAUUCUCCCGCUUCCCAACACCCUGCCCCAUUCUCUCGAUAUACAUCACCCCGGCCCAUUCUCCCUCCUUCCAUCACCCCGCCCCAUUCUCCCUCCUUCCAUCACCACGCCCUAUUCUCCCGCUUUCCAUCACCCCGCCCCAUUCUCCCUCCUUCCAUCACCCUGCCCCAUCCUCCCUCCUUCCAUCACCCCGCCCCAUUCUCCCGCUUUCCAUCACCCCGCCCCGUUCUCCCCCGUUCCAUCACCCCGCCCCAUUCUCCCGCUUUCCAUCACCCCGCCCCAUUCUCCCGCUUUCCCUCACCCCGCCCCAUCUCCCGCUUUCCAUCACCCCGCCACAUUCUCCCGCUUUCCAUCACCCCGCCCCAUUCUCCCUCCUUCCAUCACCCCACCCUAUUUUCCCUCCUUCCAUCACCCCGCCCCAUUCUCCCGCUUUCCAUCACCCCGCCUCAUCCUCCCGCUUUCCAUCACCCCGCCCCAUUCCCCCGCUUUCCAUCACCCCGCCCCAUUCUCCCGCUUUCUAUCACCCCACCCCAUUCUUCCGCUUUCCAUCACCUUGUCCCAUUCUCCCGCUUUCCAUCACCACGCCCCAUUCUCUAGCUUUCUAUCACCCCGCCCCAUUCUCCCGCUAUCCAUCACCCCGCCCCAUUCUCCCGCUUUCCAUCACCCCAACUCAUUCUCCCGCUUUCCAUCACCCCGCCCCAUUCUCCCGCUUUCCAUCACCCCGUCCCAUUCUCCCGCUUUCCAUCACCCCGCCCUAUUCUCCCGCUUUCCAUCACUCCGCCCCAUUCUCCCGCUUUCCAUCACCCCGCCCGAUUCUCCCGCUUUCCAUCACUCUGCCCCAUUCGCCCGCUUUCCUUCACCCCGCCCCGUUCUCCCGCUUUCCAUCACCCCGUCCCAUUCUCCCGCUCUUCAUCACCCCUCCCCAUUCUCCCUCCUUCCAUCACCCCGUCCCAUUCUCCCUCCUUCCAUCACCCCGCCCCAUUCUCCCGCUUUCCAUCACCCCGUCCCAUUCUCCCGCUUUCCAUCACCCCGCCCCAUUCUCCCGCUUUCCAUCACUCCGCCCCAUUCUCCCGCUUUCCAUCACCCCGCCCCAUUCUCCCGCUUUCCAUCACUCUGCCCCAUUCGCCCGCUUUCCUUCACCCCGCCCCGUUCUCCCGCUUUCCAUCACCCCGUCCCAUUCUCCCGCUCUUCAUCACCCCUCCCCAUUCUCCCGCUUUCCAUCACCCCGCCACAUUCUCCCGCUUUCCAUCACCCCGCCCCAUUCUCCCUCCUUCCAUCACCCCACCCUAUUUUUCCUCCUUCCAUCACCCCGCCCCAUUCUCCCGCUUUCCAUCACCCUGCCUCAUCCUCCCGCUUUCCAUCACCCCGCCCCAUUCCCCCGCUUUCCAUCACCCCGCCCCAUUCUCCCGCUUUCCAUCACCCCGCCCCAUUCUUCCGCUUUCCAUCACCCCGUCCUAUUCUCCCGCUUUCCAUCAUCCCGCCCCAUUCUCCCGCUUUCUAUCACCCCGCCCCGUUCUCCAGCUAUCCAUCACCCCGCCCCAUUCUCCCGCUUUCCAUCACCCCACCUCAUUCUCCCUCCUUCCAUCAACCCGCCCCAUUCUCCCUCCUUCCAUCACCCCAUCCCAUUCUCCCGCUUUCCAUCACCCUGCCCCAUUCUCCCUCCUUCUAUCACACCGCCCCAUUCUCCCGCUUUCCAUCACCCCGCCCCAUUCUCCCGCUUUCCAUCACCCCACCCCAUUCUCCAUCUUUUCAUCACCCCGCCCCAUUCUCCCGCUUUCCAUCACCCCGCACCAUUCUCCCUCUUUCUAUCACCCCGCCCCAUUCUCCCUCCUUCCAUAUCUGGGAGAAGGGGAUGGAAUCUGGGAGAAGGGGAUGGAAUCUGGGAGAAGGGGGUGGAAUCUGGGAGAAGGGGAUGGAAUUUGAGAGAAGGGGAUGGAAUCUGGAGAAGGGGAUAGAAUCAGGGAGAAGUGGAUGGAAUGAGAAGGGGAUGGAAACUGGGAGAAGGGGAUGGAAUCUAGGAGAAGGGGAUGGAAUAUGGGAGAAGGGGAUGGAAUCUGGGAGAAGGGGAUGUAAUAUGGGAGAAGGGGAUGGAAUCAGGGAGAAGGGGAAGAAAUCUGGGAGAAGGGGAUGGAAUCUAGGAGAAGGGGAUGGAAUCUGGGAGAAAGGGAGGGAAUCUGGGAGAAGGGGAUGGAAUCUGGGAGAAGGGGAUGUUAUCUGGGAGAAGGGGAUGGAAUUUGGGAGAAGGGUAUGGAAUCUGGAGAAGGGGAUGAAAUCUGGGAGAAGGGGAUGGAAUCUGGAAGAAGGGGAUGGAAUCUAUGAGAAGGGGAUGGAAUCCGGGAGAAGGGAUGGAAUUUGGGAGAAGGGGACGAAAUUUGGGAGAAGGGGAUGGAAUCUGGGAGAAGGGGAUGGAAUCUGGGAGAAGGGGAUGGAACCUGGGAGAAGGGGAUGGAAUCUGGAAGAAGGGGAUGGAAUCUGGGAGAAGGGGAUGGAAUCUGGGAGAAGGGGAUGGAAUGAGGGAGAAGGGGAUGGAAUCUGGGAGAAGGGGAUGGAAUCUGGGAGAAGGGAUGGAAUCUGGGAGAAGGGGAUGGAAUCGGGAAGAAGGGGAUGGAAUCCGGGAGAAAGGGAUGAAAUCUGGGAGAAGGGGAUGGAAUCUGGGAGAAGGGGAUGGAAUCGGGGAGAAGGGGAUGGAAUCAGGGAGAAGGGGAUGGAAUUUGGGAGAAGGGGAUGGAAUCUGGAGAAGGGGAUGGAAUCAGGGAUAAGGGGAUGGAAUCUAGGAGAAGGGGAUGGAAUCUGGGAGAAGGGGAUGGAAUUUGGGAGAAGGGGAUAG